AUGCAGCCAGCAAAGCUGAUGCCCCAGCGAACUCUCCCUCCAACCAUUCAGCUUCUUCAACCCUUCCAACAUUAUAAGCAUCCAUCGGAAGGGCUUUGGAGAGCCGAAGAUCUACGUUAUACCAUGAGAAGAAGAGCAACCUCCCCUUUACUUCGUUGUUGGUUUCUGGCGUAUCCCUUGAUCGGGAGUGGGGCGACUUCUUUCUGUAGUGUUGGCGGCAUUUCCAUCCAUUCUUCUUCGCUUGUUUCGGCUUUUGCGCUCCAUCCUUGCCGGUAUCCAAGCACUGUGAGAUCGCGACGAUUCCAUGUAGGUACCAGCCAUUGUCGUCGUCACUCUGGACGGGCAUUCUCAACCAAACGACAACAGACUCCAAGAAACACCCAAGAUCGUCAUUAUGCUACCUCUUCAUCGGAUGUCUUGACAUCGACGUCGUCCAAUACAGUCAAACGGUUUGUCGCGUUGCAACAAAAAGCCAAAAAGAGAAGAGAAACAGGAGAAACGAUAGUGGAAGGUCCUCGGAUGGUAUUGGAUUUAUUAAAGAAUCCCAAUACUCGACAAUGGGUCCAACAAAUUAUCGUGGCUUCCGAUGUGGACGCUUCCGUUCGUGAUCAGCUGGAACAAGUGCUGCAGGAACCAUCUGCUGAUGAUGAUGAUAAUGAUAAUAACGAUGAUACGGACAGCACAAAACAUGACAAUAUACAAGUCAUGACGGCACUACCAAGCGUUGUCAAGGCAUGCAGCGAUACCGUGACACCACAGGGAAUUGUCGCCCGGGUCCAAGUUCCUCUCUGGGAUCCUGCUGCCAUUGUUGCCGAACAACAAACGAAACGAGCACCGUUGUAUUUGGUUUUGGAUGCCGUUUCGGAUCCUGGAAACAUGGGGACGCUCUUGCGAUCCAGUGUGGCCGUGGGAGUUUCCGCCGUCCUACUACUACCGGGAUCCUGUGAUGUGUGGAACCCAAAAGCCGUGCGAAGUGCCAUGGGCGGGAGCUUUUUAGUACCCACCUUUUCGAUGAAAAGUUGGGAUGCGGCUGUGCAGCAGUUACAAGAGUGGAAUUGUCCAACCAUUUGGGCCGCCACCAUGCUGCAAGAUCAGCAAGGACAAGUGCUGUCGACGGCACAUUUUGAUAUCGACUGGAGUGAACAACCCCAUGCAUUGGUGAUUGGUAGUGAAGGCACUGGACUCAGUCCUGUGAUCCGGGAUUGCUUGGAGGGAAGCAAUACUACACCGGUAGUUCAGGCGGUCCAUGUGCCCAUGCAAGGGGAUAUUGAAAGUUUGAAUGCCGCUGUUUGUGGGAGUGUGAUAUUGUUUGAAUACAUGCGACAAUGGCAGCAGCGGCAUGAGGACUAGCAAAUCGCGAAAAAAUUGAUCAGCAUUGCAAAGCGGUAGGCAGUUGGUCGAGCUGUUCUAGCUAGAAUUUGACAUAUCCUUGCACGGUUGCUAGAGGAGGCGCCAGAACCAAAAGCUGACAUCUUGAAACGUAAAAAUCAACGAGAUCCAAAGCUCCCCAACAAUCCACCCACGAUCGCCUUUCGUAGCUAGCUAGAUGAGCUAGUGUGGCUAAGAAUCAACAUUGGGAAACCGAGAAAAGCAGCAGUAAUAGGACCGUAGAUUCUUUUGAACUACAAAUUAAAAAUCGAUAUUAUCAUUAAUCAUUGCCCAGC